AUGACUGACACCCAGGAUUCUCCAGCCAUGACCGUGCACCUCCUGGCCAACUCUGGCCAUGGCUCGUUUCUGCAGCAGACUCUGGACCAGCUCUUGGAUUACAUCUGCCCAGAGGUCCGUCUCUUUCUAGUAUCGGAGCGGGUCAGUCCUGUGAAAUACUAUGAAAGGUCCCAUCCCAAGCGCUCCCGCUUUCCGGGGGUGUCUGUUUUACUCUUUCUGCAUGAAAGCUUUGGCGAGGAGCGGCUGCUCCGUGUUCUGGACUCCCUACAACGGUCGCCCUGGCAAUGCUACCCGACCCAGGAUGCCCAAGGGCGGCUGUGUCCCUAUCUCCUUGCCAAUCAGGAGUUCUACAGCCUGGACAGCCAGAUGCCAGUCUGGGGUGUGCGGCAGGUGCAAGGUGGUGCCGAGAUCUUGCGGGUGACGCUCUACUGCAGUUUUGAUAACUAUGAGGAUGCCAUUCGACUGUAUGAGAUGAUUCUGCAGAAAGAGGCCACCUUGCAAAAGAGCAACUUCUGCUUCUUUGUGCUCUAUGCCACGGAGAGUUUCACGCUGCAGCUUUCCCUGAAGCAGCUGCCGCUGGGGAUGUCGGUGGACCCAAAAGAGUCUUCCGUGCUGCAGUUCAAAGUUCAAGAGAUUGGCCAGUUAGUGCCUCUUCUACCCAACCCGUGUAUUCCCAUCAGCAGCACCAGGUGGCAAACUCAGGACUACGAUGGCAACAAGAUUCUGCUCCAGGUCCAGCUGAAUCCAGAACCUGAUGUUCAGCACAGUGAACUUCCCCUUGCAAAUGGCGUCUUGGGAGUUGAUGCGACACCCCGGAGCUCCAGGCUGACCUGUGACUCUGCAAGGAGCCAAAGGAGCCGGGGCAGGAGGCUGGGGGUGCAGUCGGUGGCACUCUCUGAGGCUGGUGGGAGCCCAGCAUCAGACAGCUCCUAUGGUGCUCCUUGGAAGCGCCCCAGUCAUACAUCCCAGGCCAGCAGCCCAGCCACGGGAGGCCGGCUGCACCUGCCUUCUCCUCAACUUGAACAUGGGGCGAGGCUGAAGGCCCUCAGCUGGGAGAAGGGCUUUCAGAAGCUAGAGGCAGAGACAAAUGUUGAUACAGGGUUUACUACCAUCAACUCUGAAUCCAGACACUCUUUCCGGAGCAGGGUCUCAAGGGAGUUUCAGACUAACCAGUCACCAUCCUGCUUGCUAGCCUCUUCCUUACAGAAAGCUCCCUCCUCAAAUGGCAGAGUCCUAAAGAAAAGAGUUUGUGCAUCUGCGUUUGCUGGCCAAAAGGAACCAAGCGCCAGAAAGAUCGGCUCAAAGUGCUCCCUUCCACACCCUGUCCAGGGUGAAGAGAAAGAGGAGGAAGAAUUCUUUAUAUAG